CCAAACAUGACAAACGCUACGGGAAACGAAACGGACCUUACCCACAAUUACUUUUACGACGACAGCAUUUACGAGAAAGGAGACCUACUCUACUACAUCGUCUACCCUAUCCUCGUUCCUGUUGGAGUCAUCGGCAAUUUUAUGUCCUUUGUAAUCUUCAUACAACUUUCACAGUCAUCUUCCUUCUUCCUUUACUUAUCUAUACUGUCACUGUCUGAUUUGGCGUUUAUCAUCGUCGGGGCGAUGAUGGGAUGGAUAGAAGUCCUCAGAAACAAUCUAUUCUAUGAAGAUAUAUCAUCGUUCUUGUGCUCGGCGAAAUAUGCCCUAGUUUUUGUUUUCUCCCAGUUCUCAUCGUGGAUCAUCGUUGCUGUCACUGUUGACCGUUUCAUUGCUGUUUGCUUUCCUUUCAAAGUGACGGAGUAUUGCACAAGACGGCGUACUGCGAUGACAUCACUGUUUCUGUUCCUGAUUAUUUGUGGCAUCAAUUUUCCAAAUAUUUGUUUCAAGUGGGAAAAUGACGAAUGUGUUUAUCCAGAAAUAACAUUUGAAUACUGUCUCCAAUAUAGCAUCAUGAUAGACUUGAUGGUUUAUUUUGUUGCUCCUGUUUCCCUGAUUUGUGUCCUAAACAUCAUCACACUUCGGAUGCUAUACGGUGCAUUGAAGAGGAGACGCAGGCUUGUGAACCGGGACCCGAAGAACGACAGCGAUGGCCCUAAUAUCACAGAUGAAGAUUCUACCAAACAAACGAUCGCCAUGCUGUUAGUUGUAUCUGGAGUCUACGUCAUCACCUCCCUGCCAAUGGCUUAUGGCAGUAUGAUAGUUUUGAUGGAAGGUGCCCAGCAUAGCACAGAUGCAGAUACAUAUCUUGUGAACGUUAUAUUGGAAUUGUCCAAUACCAUCAACCACUCCACCAACUUCAUCCUUUACGGCAUAUCUGGUAGUACGUUCAGACAAAAGCUAUUCCAAAUGUUGCGUACUUGUUUAAGGAGACAAAAAGACGGAAAGGAGUCAAGUUCGUCCAUAAUUCAUUCUACGAAUACGGCCAGCACGUCAGAAGAUGACAGAAACAGAUCUCAAAGUAUCGCAACUAUUGAACUAAAUGAUGUUCAAUUACAGACAUUCUAAUUACAUUUAUUUCCAUCGAAAUAUUCAUCAUCGAUACUCUAGUGUUUACGCUUACUUUCAGUAUAUGCACUCUUAUGUCAUAUCAUGAAAGCUCAGCCAACGUCUCGAUAAGGCAAUCGAGGGUUCAAUACCGUUUAAUUUCCUGGCUUUAAUCGUUGCUGUGGCUCCUCUGUAAACGUCGAAAGAAAUGC